AUGGCAAAUAACCAAGAAGCAAUGCAAGUAUGUUCCUUGCCUUUACCACCUGUGCAAUACUUCCAAAAUUAUUCAGACGAAAACAUUAGGCGUGGUCGAGCUUCUAAGCCUCCACCAAUAAUUCAAGAGACAUACACAAUGUUUGGAAAUCCAUAUAAUGCUGAAGAUAGUAUAAUAAGACCUCUAGAAAGUCAGGGUUUUAAACGUCUGUACCCUCAACAUUUUGAUAGACGACGUGAAUUACGUAAACUUAACCAUUCGUUACUGGUUAACUUUCUUGACUUGCUGGAUCUACUAAUCCAAUGCCCCGACUCUCCUAGACGAGCUGAAAAAGUUGAUGAUAUAAGUCUACUGUUUAUACACAUACACCAUUUAUUAAAUGAGUUUCGUCCUCACCAAGCACGAGAAACUGUUCGUGUCAUGUUAGACUUGCAGAGGAGGCAAAGAAAUGAAACCACAGUACGAUUGCAAAAACACAUAGACAAGGUUAGCGAUAUUUUACAACAAACGUUAGAAAAUUUGCCAGACACAGAGCUUGAUUCUAAACUCAUGGUGGACACAUCCAAAAUUGAUCGUUUAGAACAGAAAAAUGCCGAUGAACCUAGAGUUGACAAAUGUGUACCUAAAGAUAAAUUGAUGUGUCAUCUUAUUGAUACAAUGAAUCCCAACUGA